CCUAGAAGGCUUGGUGUCAGAUCUUACUAACCAUCAGAUCAGGGGUGUGGCUGAGAGACAGUAGUAAGAAGGAGCCAAGGAGUAGCAGUAGAGAGGCUGCAGAAAGAAUUAAUUUUAUUGUAGAUUGGUAUAUCUCAGAAAUGAAAGGGUUAACCAGCGGCUUAUCUUUAUAAAGCCAGUCUGAAAGAGGACAGAUUGUGAAGAGGGCAAUACACAUCUGUGGUCUUCAGGUUGUUGUUCAACAUGUUCCCUGCUCUUGUCUUGAUUCUGUGGGCCUAUGUCGCUGAUUCUACGAGUUUAGCUCUUGCUACACCUAGCCAUGGGGUAGACAUAGAAACCUCCCACAACCAGUUUCAUGAGGGACUCACCAACCAGCUGAUAAUCAACUGUACUUUCACGCACGUACAGGGCUCUAACCUCAGCACAACCUUGUCGCUGAUACUGUCCAAGACGGCUUCUGCUAACGACUCUACCUACAGGGAAGUUGCUUCUAUUACGGCGUUUUCGAACGAUAAAGUGGACGAAAAAGACACGAUGGGAGCACAAGUGACUGGUCACCACAGAGUUGAUGCUUAUUCCUUCAUCGCUCUAGAGAACCAGUGCUCUAUUAUGUCCUCCUUUGAACUCGACAUAUUCUACCGCGUCGUUCGUACUGUUCAGUGA